CAACGAUUACUUUGAUUACGAAAACUCUACACCUUCUUUGAACUUAGGUACAUGCUCUCCUUGUUACGAUACCCUUUUCGAAGAAACUAAUCCUUCGAACUUAAAUUGCAAUACAAAGAUGGUGAUAGCAUUAUAGUUCACAUGAACGAGUUUCAAGGUGUGGUAAACCAACUAGUCGGAAUGAAGAUGAAGUUGGAGGAUGAACUUCAAGCUUUGUUGUUGCUUUCCUCAUUGCCCGACAGUUGGGAUACAUUGGUGGUUUCACUUAGCAACUCUGCUCCGAAUGGCAAGAUGACUAUGGAGAUGGUCAAGGCUAGUCUUUUGAAUGAAGAGGCUAGGAGGAAAGAAUCAGGUUACCCUAUCCAAGCCGAAGCAAAUGUGAUUCCAGAAUCUAGCAGGGGGAGAAGCAAGAGCAGAAAUCCUCAUUAUAGAGACAAGUCCAGAGGGAGAUCCAAAUCUAGAAAAAGAGAUUUCAUUUGCCAUUACUGUCAGAAGCCGGGUCACAUUGAGAGAUUCUGCAGAAAGAAGAAGAGAGAUAUGUCCAGAGAGAGAAAAGAUAAAAAUGAAAAUUCCGAGCAUAAGCCAGAAGAGAAGAACACUACAGCCUUGGCAUCUAGUGAUGAUGAUUUGUUUGUUAUCGGUGAUCAUGGACUAUUAAAUGUAGCAUGUGAUGACUGCACCUGGGUGAUUGAUUCUGGUGCAUCUUAUCAUAUUACCUCACACAUGGAGUACUUCUCAUCCUAUACUAGUGGUGAUUUUGGCCAUGUGAGGAUGGGAAAUGAUGGUUCGUCUAAGAUCAUCGGUAUGGGUGAUGUUUGUUUAGAGACUUCCACUGGUUGCAGGUUGGUGCUCAGGGAUGUGAGGCACGUCCCCGAUAUCAGAUUGAGUUUGAUUUCAGCUGGUUUGCUUGAUGAUGAAGGUUAUGCCAACAAAUUUUGUGAUGGAAGAUGGAAACUCUCCAGGGGCAGUUUGAUUAUGGCUCGAGGUAAGAAGCAGAAUUCACUUUAUGUUAUGCAGGCCAGAGGUUACAAAGAAAAGAUAGGGGACAUCAGGGAAGAAAUUUUGCGUAAAAGAAGAGCUGGAAAGCUGCCCGGUGAUACUACUUCUGUCCUAAAAGCCUGGUGGCAGUCACACUCAAAAUGGCCUUAUCCAACGGAGGAAGACAAGGCAAGAUUAGUUGCAGAGACUGGGUUGCAACUGAAACAGAUAAACAAUUGGUUCAUCAACCAAAGGAAAAGAAAUUGGCACAACAAUUCUUUCUCCUCAACUUCUUCUCAGAAGAGCAAACGCAAGAGUGCAGGUGAUAAAUUAAGCGGCGAGCAUUUCAUGUGAGAAGAGACAAUCGCAAGGCACAUAUGCUUGCUUAAAGCAGAAGAGGAUGCAAGAGUCUACCAAAAGGGGGGGUGUGGCAAGCUUACAAUUCUAAGACUUGUACUUGACUGGAGUAUGUUGCCGUGUCAUGAGUAUAAGU